AAUAUUAAUAGUCAAAGUGAGUUGUAGUAUGAUUUUGUAUUUUACUCUUGGUGCCUAGCGCCUGCACCUGGUACAGGUGUUUUCGUUUUCAUGAUGAGCUUGUAGACUGAGCUUGAAUCUUCCACGAUACAGUGUUCUUUGUGGACAUGGCUGAGUGUGCAGACGCCUUAUGUGAGUCACAGGUCGCACGUUGCGAUGAGGAUGAUGAAGUAACAUACCCUCGACAAUUGACUGAGGAAGAACAAGUUGCCUUGGCAAAGGACACCCGUGUGGUAUCUGAUUUUCGGCGACAGAAGUUUGAACUGGAAGCCAAAAAGCACUGGGAUUUGUUUUACAAGAGAAAUCAGACGAAGUUCUUCAAGGACCGCCACUGGACGUCGCGUGAAUUCAACGAGCUUGCGAAAGAGAACGAUGGUGGCACAGGUAGAAGAGUUAUCUUGGAAGUUGGCUGUGGUGUUGGAAAUUUCUUCUACCCGCUUUUAGAGGACGGUCUAAACUUCUUUGUUCACGCGUGUGACUUAUCGCCACGAGCCAUCGAGUUUGUGAAGGAGCAUUCCCUGUAUUCACCGGAGAACAUCAAUGCGUUUCCAUGUGAUGUCACUAAGGAAGAGCUAUCAGCGCAUGUGGCGGAGAACAGUGUCGAUAUCGCAACCUUGAUCUUCGUCUUGUCGGCCAUGGAGCUCGAUAGCAUGGUCAUUGCUUUGAAGAAGAUCCUGCAGGUGCUAAAGCCUGGUGGUCUGUGUCUUCUGCGUGACUACGGUCUGUAUGACCAUGCCAUGUUGCGCUUUGCCCCUGGUCACAAGCUGGAAGAGAACUUUUACGUUCGCCAGGACGGCACACGGGCAUACUAUUUCUCUUUAGAAAAACUGGCGUCGCUGUUCAUCUGUGCUGGCUUCGAAGUCGUCAGCAAUGAAUAUGUCUAUCGGGAAACAGUAAACCGUAAGGAAGGACUCUGUGUACCUCGGAUCUUUGUUCAGGCAAAGUUCAUGCGACCGUUGGCGGUGGCCGAGUGAGAAGAAAAAGCAACUGGCUAGCGAGAAUGAAUGAUCAAGUAACGUUCCAACGCAUAAGCCGGCAUAGCAGCAGCAGCAGCAGAAGCAACGAGUGCAGUAUCGAGUCCGUGGUAUCACUAUGUGGCUGUAGAGUGCCACCAGCACCGUGACUACUAUACAGUACAAAGCGUGUGCAGUGAGAAGGCAAGGGAAUCUGUGUCCCGUUGUACAUUCAGUCCAUGCUGGGAGUAAGUGGUGGUGGCCGCCUGCAGAUGAGCUACGCCUGCAAGGUCCUCACCUAACUGCAGAUCAGUGCUCUGUUUACAUGGAUACCUGGGCAUGUUCUCAGGUACAUGCCAAGUACAACGCAGCAAGUGCAUUGCUGUGCGCGGAAGGGACAUGCUGCAGGCAUCACCGCUUUCCACGGCCCGACAACUUUUAAAUUGUGGCUAUGGCAUAAUCAAAUUCAAAGUCACAAGGCAGUCCUGUUCCUUGCCUAGUUGCUCGGCGCUGUGUUCCGUUAUACACCAUCGGUGUUCCAUCCGGGCCUUUCUAUCAACUGAAUUGAACCCAUGCCUGCUGGUAUGGCAACAGGGUUAUGAUUAAAGUAAUAUGUAGGUUCUUGAUGUGUGUUUGCUAUAGCAUCUUUGUGUGCGUACCAAGGAUUCGUAAAAUUUUAUGACUCCCUAGUAUGUACAUACCGGUAUAAUUAUGUGACAUGUUCACUAUCCUACUUCAAAGUACUUCAAACUGCAUCGCAAACCCAUGUUUCUGAGAUACGAGAUUAGCUUUUUUAGGAUUUUUGCCAUACAUCUUUGUUGGUAGUGGUACUGUGGGAAGCUGGGAGAAUGUAUUUUACUACUCUUGCUACUACGGAAAGCUUCCGAAUGUAAGCAUUCAUUUUAUUUUAUUUUACAUGCAGAUAUACCAACUGUACAUGUUCUACUUCGUAACAUGUGCCCUUUCUCAUACCGUAAAAGCCCGUGUAUAGGCCCUGGGUGUAUAGAAUAGCAGUCUCGAUUUCCUGGGCGUAUACUUGGAAUAGGGUAUCACAUGUACUGGUGUUUCCGGCAUACAUGGGCAUAUGCGUAUUUUGAAACAAAAGUAAUUUUGAGUGGGCGUAUUACUUUUAGAUUUAGCUUUUUCAAGAAUCAUGAUGGAUGAUGAACGUAUCAUCUGCUCUACCCAUCAUAUAACACACAUCUUACAUCACUUUUAUUUUUGCCUGCGUUUGCAAAACCACAAGGCAAAUUCAAUGGUGUGA